AUGGCGUCGAAACCCAUCACACUUCAAAUACGCCCUCGAGGGAAACCCAUCAAAUCCCUGCCGGAGUUCCUCGAUCUGAAACCCGACGCCUCCGCAGCCGACUUGUAUUAUGAACUUGCACGCAGAACCAAAUACUCGAUACACCAGCUGCGCGUGACCAAGGGCUCCGAUGGCAGCGUUGUGGCCAACUCAAAGGACACCUCGAUAUACCAGACCGGGCUACGUGACCAGAGCACAAUUCAUGUAAAAGACCUCGGGACACAGAUAGCAUGGCGCACGGUCUUCCUGGUGGAGUAUGCUGGGCCGAUCCUGAUACAUCCGGUGAUACUCUUCCUACGACCGUACAUCUACCCAUCUGCCAGCAAGGAGUCGUCGCAGUUACAACAAGUACUCUGUGUGCUGAUAUGCUUGCACUUCGUCAAGCGGGAGCUGGAGACGUUGUUUGUUCACCGCUUCUCGGCUGCUACUAUGCCUCUCCGCAAUAUCUUCAAGAACAGUUUUCAUUACUGGAUCAUCUCCGGCCUCAUGAUCGCAUUGUUCAUCUAUUCCCCAUACUCGGCCGCAGCACAAGAGCCGAACCCACUACUAUUUUAUCCCGGGUUGAUUAUCUUCCUCCUUGGGGAACUGGGCAACCUUCAAACACAUCUCAUCUUAAAAGGGCUCCGAAGCUCCGGCGGGACUGAACGAGGCAUCCCCCAAGGGUUCUUGUUUGAUCUCGUAACCUGCCCCAACUAUAUGACGGAGACUGCCUCUUGGCUUGGGGUUUAUCUUCUAAGUGGUCUCAGUUGGGGAGUACUCAUCUUUCUUAUCGUCUCCGUUGUCCAGAUGGGGCAAUGGGCAGCAAAGAAGGAGCGAAGGUACCGCAAGGAGUUCGGUGACAAAUACAAGAAGAAGAAGUUCACCAUGCUUCCAGGUAUUUGGUAA